AUGCCUUUCGGCUUAUUCUCCAAGAAGUCCAAGGCGCCCUCCAACAGCGGACAUGAGGUCGCGCGUGUUGCGACCCGCAGCAGCAUAGAAGCCGAUCUCGUCUCCGUGUCGACUACCUUGGAAUACGUGCACGCGGAGAAGGGUCUACCCUCUAGCCCGAAUGGCAGGACCGGCCUCAGGCAAAGCCCUGCCCAGUCGAGCGUGUACCCGAACGCUGUCGCGUCCUCGAGCAAGCUCAAGCUGCCGUUCUCGCGAAAAAAAGCGUCCAGCACCGCUGCUUCCACCUCUACCACAUCGCUCGCGACGACGAAUGGCGGGCUAAGCCCACCGACACGCCCACCCGCCGGCCGCAAGAGUUUCAGCGCAGGUACCGACGUAAGCCAGCUUGACUCUCAGCGGCUGGGGCCCCCGCCCUCCCGUUCUGCCAUAUUCGCUGCCUACGCAGACCCGAACAGCGCGAACUCCACACGCUCCUUACCCAACGACACCUCCCCACCGCACUCUGACGGACAGUCGCAAUCCGCCGCGCCGAAGAAGCAUGGCCUGUUCCACUGGUCCAAGUCGACGCCCAAUACGCGGCAGAAACGCCCACCAGAGCAUCAGGCGGAAACGUCCAACGCUCCCGAAGAUGGCGCGUUCAACCUCAAGGCGUUCCGGCACGUCGGUCCAUCCCCCUCGCCAUCACAAGCACAACCCUCUCCUUCGCCUACUCAAUCCACCUCGUCUCUGGUGCCUCCCGUGCGUCCGCGCAUCAGGAAUAACAGCGGGGCAUCCGAUUCAUCGCAGAGGAUCUCGGUCGCCGCCUUCCGCGAAGCUCAGGCUCGCCGUAGUUUAGCCGGGUCACCCAUACCUUCUAUGCGCUCCCCAAGCCCGGGACCCAUGCUUCCUACCCAUAGACCAAUGAACACUCCCAGCCCGGUGCAUACACGAAGCCCUCCCCUUCCGUUACCGCAGACAGGGCGCGGGGGAUUCGUUAACCGAUCAGCGAUCUCGCCCUCAAAUCCUGCAUUUGGUCGCAAGUCUACCGCGUACUCGACUACGACGGACUCUGAUGAGUCAUCGUCUGAGGAAUCCUCUGGAGAAGAUGUUGGACUCCGUCGCGGGGGUACAGUCACUCAGCGUGGCCCUGCGGACAGCAAGCAGAGCAGUUCAGCAUCUCCUAGUCCAGUUGCGCCCGUUAUAUCCUCGAAGGCAUCAUCUCCUCCUACGCGAGUGCGCUCGCCACUGACGCCGGUGACAUCCAGCGAGCCUCCUGCUCCGUUCGUUUCCCCACCACCGUCCCCUGUGAAGCCUUCGCACACACCGCUCAAGGACGCCCCUCUUCCGCCACCUCCGAACGAGUCUUUUCAGCGCAUGUCGCCUAUGCGACGCUCGACCGCCGAGACAGCGCCAUCGUCGUCGCCUGUCAGUGAAAAGCCCAGAGAUGCACUUGCAGAGAGGUUGCACCGUAUGGUCAUCCAGGAUGCCGUUCGUUCAUCAUCUCCAGAAAGUCUAUCGUCCGCCUCGUCCUCGCCUCGCGCUGGAGACGUGGCGGCGGGAAACCCUGGGCAGCAUGGCACCGGGCGAGCGGAGAUCAAACGAGAGAGCACUGGAACCAUCACGCCGGCCAACCAUCUUCGUCGUGGAUCAUCUGGUGCUGUGCCUACUACGUCGCCAGCUGCAGCACAAGGUGGCGACCUCGACGCAGAUCUAAUCAACCUCCUGGGCGGGGGUAUACGGCUUAUAUCGAAGGAGGGUGAAGACGUAGACGUCCCAGCACCCACUCUUGAUACGAUUGCCGCACCCAUUGCGCAGCCCGCUCCAGCGCGAGCGACGCGAGCCUUUGGGGUCGCGGCAGGUAAAAGGCGCGUAAUACCGGAUGAAGACUCGGACGAGGAGACCUCAUCGUCGGAGAGCGACGAUGACGACGACAAGGAUUCUGAUUCCGACGCGCGAAGGCCAGCCCCCAUCCCCAUCGCUCGUCGUACGCCUCCUCCCGCGUUCAGGGUCACCUCGCGACCACAUGCUCAGGAGCAAUCGCAGAUCGCGCAACGUCCACGGAGCAGCACUUUGCACGAGACGCCCUCUCCGAUCGUCCUGGACUCGCCGGGGAAACCGAAUAUGCCGCUGCCUCGCAAACAACAGACUGCCAACGGCGGUCCUGUUCGUGUGCGCCCGCGUAGCACCAGUCUAAACCCGUCGACGGCGAUGCUGUCCAGUGCUCCGCCCGUUGCGUUCCCUCCACGCAAGCCGUUCGCUAGUUCCAGUCGCACAGAGAGUCCCGCGAGUUCCACUGGGGACUCCAGCAGCGGUAUCGCUCCCUUGACACCUCAGGACGGCAGCGAUGUUAGCAGCGGAAUUGCUCCAGCCGCCGGUCGGCCCAGUCAGGGUUGGGGCAGUGGGGUCAGCGGUCUGGGCAUGGGUGCCGCGAAGGGCAAACACAAAAAAUCGCGCAGCGUCAGCUUCGAGAGCGACAUCCAGGAUCGUAACGAGCUUCAGCAAAGCACUCAGACCGACGAUUUCCGUCGUAACGAGAGGAGGAGGAAUGAGGCGAAGGCGGCCAUUGAGCUGGGCAAUGUCAUGAACGGUCGCGGACCUGUUCUGCCGGACGAGGAGACACCUCAGGCGGCGAACUUCGAUCCGCGGAUGAGUAUGAUGAACCCGAUGAUGAUGAACAUGCCGAUGCAGUUCCCGACACCCGCUGGCGGCUCAUGGAACAUGUGGCAGAACGGUCAGAUGCUCAACCCUCAGCAGUUUAUGGUCCCCCUCCCUUCGGAUCCCGCCAUGUACGCCGCUCACCAGCGAGCCAUGAUGUAUGCGAAGCAGGCCUACCAGAUGGCGGCGGCGCAGCAGGCCAUGGCGGCAGCGGCGGAGGAGUGGGAGCGCAGCUCAAACGCGUCGGCCUUCGGGUCGGGCGGAAGCGUGAUCGGGGGGGUGGGUGGCAUGAAUUCCAUGCGCUCGAGUAUGAUGAUGCAGAACUGGAAUGCCGGUGGGAUGAUGUUUCCUGGCGCGCCACGCUCGAUGUACUUCGGCAGUGCGCAGAGCGAGUUCGGCGGGGGGAGCAUGGGAGUUGGCGGAUUCAGCUCCGCCCAGACAGUUCCCGGCCCCUCCUCCGAUACCGCAGAGUGGCAGCAGCCGCUCGUUGCAGCAGCAACAGCAACAACGACAACGGACUUCGAGCCAACCCGCAAACCCUAG